AUGGAGAAGCCGCGCCUCCGGGGGAUGAGAGCCAACCCCACAUUUGGUCUUCCCCCUCGCGCUGUCUUCCUCCCAACAUCCAUCCGUCUGCCGCCAUGGAAAGUCGUAAUCUCAAACGUAUCCGGCAAGCGUGCGCUAGCUGCCGACGCAGGAAAUCGCGCUGUUCCGGGGAGCGCCCGGUGUGCCUGCAGUGCCGACGCACUCGAAACUGCUGUGUCUACGAGCCAUACUCGGUCACCGUCGCUGAGAGUCGCUUGCCGCCCUCCGGUCCUUCUACCACCUGAACUCCUCCAGAGGAUCUCCUUGAUCGAGUCACGGCUCGCGCAGCUGGGCAGUCCCGCUGCUCCGCCACCGAGGCUGUCGCCUGAAUCCUCAGGCAGUUUGACUACCCUCCCCACAUUUCUGGAACCGCCCCAGCCCAUCCUUCUUUCGGUCAUUGAUGCUUACUUUGAACAUGCCCACAACCAACCGUAUAGCUAUUUUCAUGAGCGCACCUUUCGAGAUCGCCUGCUCAGCAACACCCUACCCCGAUGUCUACUCUUAGCCGUCUUGGCAGCCGCUGUCCGGUUCUCCACGGACGAAUUUUUCGCGGGGAGGACUUUGGAGGCCUCGGAGAUAUAUGCCCGAGAGGCGUGGCUGGCAGUUCUCAAGGAUGAGCUAACAUCAGAAGAUAACCCAGCGUUACAUGCCGUACAAACAGCAAAUAUCCUUGCAGUAGUUGAUUAUACAGCCGGUCGGGUUAAUUCCGGUUGGAUCAAGAUUGGCCUUGCAGCGCGAGUCUCCCAGGUAAUAGGCCUCAUGGAGGAGCCCAGCAUCUGGCUCCCCCCGGUCGAGCAAGAAGAACGGCGACGGACUUUCUGGUCAAUAUACCUCCUUGACAAGCUCAUUUCGUGUGGACGCAACCGGCCGCUCAUGAUGCACGACCGGGACUGUCAUGUACUGCUACCCUGUCGCGAGGAUGCGCUGCAAGAGACUCCAACCAAAUGGCAGCUCAGCCUACGUGAGCUGCUCGACUGGAACUCCCAUCUCAACGAAGAGCCCAGCCCGUUCGCCAUGACGAUACUGAUGGCUUCGAUAGUGGGACGAUGUACUAGAUACCUAUGCAGCGGGAAAGAUGAGACUGCACCGUGGGACAUGAAGUCCGAGUAUUCAUGCAUCAACGCAUUGCUGCUGCUGUUGGAAUCGCACGUAAAAACGGACAUCACAGCACGGUUAAGGGAUAUGGCUGGGGGUGCACAGAAGGACGCAUACAUCCUGCGGAUACAGCAGCUGACCCUGAACCAGCAUAUCUUUGCGCAGACCCUCUUUCACCUCUGCCACUGUCUCCUCAACCAUCCAUUCUUCCUGCACAACUGCUUCCGCCCCUUUAGGUCCAAGGUGCCCCGCAGUUUUGCGACUCGAGCCAUCCAGACUGGAGUUGAUCACGCUACCUUGCUGGUCAGACUACUGCAGUCUGCCUCCGAGGCUGGUGUGAGGACCGAAUCCUCCUUCUAUACAUACUCCAUUGCGGUCGUAGGCGGUAUUCUCUCUCUUGCUUCCAACGCAGAAGAUUCGCCCGUCAACUGCCAGCGAUCGGACAUGCUCGAUUACUUUAAGCGUACUGUCAGCAUGCUAGAUCGACUGGCGAGGAUCUGGCCGAAUGCUGCGAACAUGGCAACUCGUCUGCGCGACUUCCACGCAAGAUCCCAAUGCUUCAGUGGGCUGCUCAACCCGGUGGACUCGACGCCGGAGCUCGAUCCGACCUCGGUGGAGAUUUUGUGGUCAAUUCUGGAGUACGCCGUCCUCGGAGCAGCGCCUUCAACACAGUCUCCAAGCAACAGCUUAGACAUGCUGUCUUUUCUGUCCCCGACGCAGUGGGACCUUCCUUCUGGCUCGCCCGAGAAUGUGGGUGGUGGGUAUGACAUAUUCCGCGGGACGACCCCAGUCGUUCGGCUUAACGAGAUUGAGCGCCUUUUAAACUCGUGUAGCCCGCGUAAUGGCAUGUUAUAACCUGAUCUGUCCCGUGUCAAGCUCUUGGAGGUGCAGUUCUCUGCUGCUACCCGGUCGGACCGGUGCGAGAUAUCAGUGGCCGGACCGUGAUUCUACCCCAGUAGCCCUGAGUAGAGAAAGCGGGCCAGAGGAGACCCGGUUUCACCCUCCCAGUGUGGUAGCACCUACACGCUACGAUAUACGCAGAUACCUACUGUUGUAGUUAUUUCAUGGCAAUCACUCGCUUGACCCAUUUCCACAAGCUUGGCCAAUGCCCCUCAUGUAUUCACUCGCUGUCUCCCUCCUUUCCUGUACUGUAUCAGCUGCGCUGUUGCUUCUCAAUGAAAACUCGAUGAUGAUACUCUGGCGAGCACGAG